AUAGCAUAGCAUAGCACACUUGACAAAACAACAUAGCACACUUGACAAAACAAAAAGCCAUGGCUACGGCAAGAGAACCAGAAGAAGAUGAAGAAGAAGAAGUGAAGCUGAUCAAGACAUGGUCGAGCCCUUACGCCCUAAGGGCCGUUUGGGCUCUGAAGCUCAAAGGCAUACCCUACGAGUCCAUCGACGAAGAUCUCACCCACAAGAGCGACAUCCUCCUACAUCACAACCCUGUCCACAAGAAAGUCCCCGUCCUCCUCCACCAUGGAAGAUCCAUCUGUGAAUCCCUAGUGAUCAUCGAGUACAUCGAGGAGACUUGGAGCCAGAACCCACCCAGACUGUUGCCUCAGGAUCCUCUCCAGCGAGCCGAAACUCGUUUCUGGGCGAAAUUCGUAGAUGACAAGGCGCUGCCAGCGAUAUGGCAAGCGUUCUCGAAGGAAGGUAAGGAGCAGGAGCAAGGCCUGUCCGAAACAGCAGAGCAUCUGAGGCUGCUGGAGGCAGAGCUGAAGAAGAAGAAGAAGAGAUUGUUCUUCGGCGGGGAAGAGAUCGGGAUCGUCGACAUCGCGCUGGGCUGGAUGGUGAACUUGGUGCCACUGUUCGAGCGGAUCCUGGGAGUGAAAAUUCUGGACGAGGAACAUCAUCCGGCGUUGUUGAAGUGGAGGCAGAGGAUGUCCGAUGUGGAUGUGGUCAAAGAGAACUGGCCGCCUCGCGACAAACUCGUCGCCAAGUGGACGGCCAUCCGCGAGCGUUGCGUGGGGAAGGCGGCUGCAAACGAAUGAGAGGAAUUAAGAGUGGGCUUGCAAACUUUGAGUGUAGUUUGUUAAUUAGGUGUUGGAUAUUGACGUGAAAGUCCAAUUAGAGAGGGCUCAGGUUCCACAGGGCCCAAACAACUAUUUUGUUGCUCAAAGCUGAGGGCCCAAAUAAAGCUUAUACGAAUACGAUGAUCUGUACAUAACAACUAUCUUUACUAUUUAGUAGUAUUAAAUUUUUUUAUAGGACUAUUUAGUAGUAAUAAUGAUCUAUAGCUUUUUUUUUUUGGGGUACUUUUAGGCUGUAAUCUUUAUCAUUAGUAUCCAGUCUUGGUAUGCACCUGUAGUCUAUCCAAAUGAUGUAUGAAAUAGAAUGAUUAAAGUCUU